ACCCCCCACCUCUAAAGAGAAUUCUUGACUAAGCCCCCCCUCCCCUUAAAAUCCCCUUCCUUUCUCUGCAGCUUUAGCCCACCGUUCCAGCUAACUCUCCCCUUCUUUUGUAAAUCCCAACCUUCGUUUUAAAUAAAAACAAGCUUAACUUCCUAGGCUAGUCCUCCUCCAGCAUUAAAGCCCACCACCCCCCUUUACCUUCCUCUUUCAACAAUAUCUUUUAAUUCCCCCUACAAUGCCUAGAUCACCAGCACUCUUUCAUUUUCUCCUGCUCUCACUCUUUGCUGUCUUUUUCUUAGCCAAUGCCACCGCCGUUUCAACAAUGGCCCAACAAUUCAAGGAAGCCCCGCAGUUCUAUAACUCUCUGGAUUGCCCUGUGAUAAUUGAUGAAGGUGAAGAAGGUGAAGGCUCCAUUUUGUGCUCGGAUCAAGCCGUGCACGUGGCAAUGACCCUUGAUAAAGCCUACAUCCGGGGCUCCAUGGCAGCUAUUCUUUCGGUGCUUCAGCAUUCCUCUUGUCCCCAGAAUAUUGCGUUCCAUUUCGUCGCCUCCGCCACAGCCAACGCGUCACUUUUACGCGCCACCAUCUCUUCCUCUUUCCCUUACCUGAACUUCCAGGUCUACCCUUUUGAUGACUCCUCCGUCUCACGCCUCAUUUCAACCUCAAUCCGCUCAGCUUUGGACUGCCCUUUGAACUAUGCUCGGAGCUACUUGGCCAAUCUCCUUCCUUUAUGCGUCCGCCGAGUCGUGUACCUUGACUCGGACCUGGUUCUGGUUGACGACAUAGCUAAACUCGCUGCAACUCCACUCGGAGACAACUCGGUCUUGGCUGCACCAGAAUAUUGCAAUGCAAACUUCACGUCCUACUUUACUCUAACCUUUUGGUCAAACCCUUCUUUAUCCUUAACUUUUGCGAACCGUAAAGCUUGUUACUUUAACACUGGAGUAAUGGUAAUCGACCUUGAUCGAUGGAGAGAUGGAGAUUACACAACAAAGAUUGAAGAAUGGAUGGAGCUUCAAAAAAGAAUGAGAAUUUACGAGUUGGGUUCUUUGCCUCCAUUUUUGUUAGUUUUUGCUGGAAACAUAGUUCCGGUUAAUCAUAGGUGGAAUCAGCAUGGCCUUGGCGGGGAUAAUUUUAGAGGUUUGUGUAGGGAUUUGCAUCCUGGUCCGGUUAGUCUUUUACAUUGGAGUGGAAAAGGGAAGCCAUGGGCGAGGCUUGAUGCAAACAGGCCGUGCCCUUUGGACGCUCUAUGGGCUCCUUAUGAUCUCCUACAAACUCCAUUUGCAUUGGACUCUUGAUGGGGAAAAGAAAUGGGAAAUGCUUAUUAAUUUUGCUGGAGGAGCACAUUGUUUAUUACCAUCUUUCUGGCAACUGUUUGUCCGCUGAGAAAGUGACAGAAUCAUCAAGAAAAUGGGGGGGAGCUGUAAAACUUUUUAAGCUGAAGCUGGACGAGGAGCCAUGGCCCAUGGAGGAAGAUUAAGUUGUUUCUUGUACAUUACAGUACUGAAACAGGUACCAUAUAUACUGCAUUAAUUUGUUUUUUCUCUUCUUUUUUGCUGGUUGUUUCCCCACAAACCAGAAGACUACACUCUGAAAAAGAAGAAGUUUGUUGUAAUAAUAACGAAUCCAUAAAUUUCCAUCUCGGAUGUGUGAUGAUAAACUGUAAAAUCAAAGUCUGUAGAGCAAAAAGAGCUGUUUUGGUUGGCUAAUUUUCCAUGAAUCUUUCCUUGUUCAAUAUAAAAUAAAUCUGGCCUCCCUUCCAUGUGUU